AUGCAUUCGCGAUUAUACGUGUUUGCGCUACUGGUAUUAAUUUCGUCCGGGACAUGUGCGUCCCGGAUAUUUAAUAGUGCCGAUACUUUGCCGCCAGAAAUCUUGAAACAGCUGGACGAUUAUUGGCGAAUCUACAAGAUGCAAUUUAAUAAAACCUACACGGGAAAUCUGGAGAACGCGAGACGAAUGGCUUGGGAACAAAACCUUGUAGAGAUUUAUAAACACAACUUAAUGGCCGCCGUGGGACAUCACAGUUAUACACUGCGGGAUAACCAUAUCGCUGAUCUCAGCAGCCCGCAAUAUAGGCGCAAAAUGGUAAAAUUAAUACCGAGUCGAAAGCGUCGAUUGCCGACCGAUCCGAUGCUGUCGGCGACUUUGCAGCAACCGCACAAUAUACCGACUAGCCUGGAUUGGCGCAAACUCGGUUUCAACACUCCGCCGGUGAACCAACGGGAGUGUGGUAGCUGCUACGCUUAUUCUAUCGUGGAAAGUAUACAGGGACAGAUUUUCAAGCAGACCGGCAUGCUGAUCCCCUUGAGCGCACAACAGUUGGUUGAUUGCAGCACGGCGACUGGGAACCGUGGUUGCGCCGGCGGCUCCCUCAGGAACACUUUGAGAUAUCUGGAAAAGUCGAAGGGUCUCAUGGCCAGAUCAGAGUACCCGUAUCAGGCCCAGGAGGGCCACUGCAAAUUUCUCAGAAACUUGAGUGUCGUCAAUAUAACGUCGUGGGCGAUUCUGCCGGCGCGGGACGAAAAAGCUCUGGAGGCGGCGGUGGCGAGCAUCGGUCCCAUAGCCGUGUCCAUUAACGCUAUGCCGAAGACAUUCCAGCUUUAUCACAAAGGUGUCUACGACGAUCACCUGUGCAACUCGGACACGGUGAACCAUGCGAUGCUGAUUGUCGGAUAUACGCCAACCGAGUGGAUCUUGAAGAACUGGUGGGGCAAGCAUUGGGGCGAGGACGGUUACAUGCGACUAGCGAAAAAUAAAAAUCGAUGCGGCAUCGCAAACUACGCGGCCUACGUGAGAGUUUGA